CAUGAAUUUAGCUCCUCGCAGAAAUAUUAAAGAAAUACUCCCUAUUCAAUAAAACUUCAUAGAACCUAACCAUUAUUAAACAUCAUUCAAAAGUCCUGUGAAUACUCGUCAAAGAUAACAAAGACCAUCGAAAUUACCCUCAUUUAAAAUGUCUAGUGGAUUAUAGGUUCAGGUUCCUGUAUCACCACCUGUAUCACCUUUAUGGAGGACUCGUAAUAUGAGUCGUGUAGAUUAAAGAAUGUUAAAUGUAAGUCCUUCUUAACUACCUCAAAGUCCAAAAUAUCAAAUAUAAGUGUAGAUCUUUAAUGAACAAAUAUUAGUGAGUUUAUGUAACUUAAUUAGUAAAAAGCAUUAAAGAGAAAGAUCAAUCAAACAGUAGUGAAAAAAUAAGAUAUCUAAACAUCUGAAAAGUUGUUCUCCUGGUAAUCCUUAAUUAGAGAAGAUGUAAACAAAGGUAGUUUUAAAUUUUUGUUUGUUCUUGGAAAAGGAGGAUUUGGGAAGGUAUGGAGAGUUGAACAAUGCAAGAGUCGAAAGUAAUAUGCAAUGAAAGAAAUGAGUAAAGCAAGGUAUAUAAAUAUAUGAAUUGAGAAUCUUAUCAAAGAAGUCUGUACAUUCUGUAAUAAAUGAGAGAAUUAUAUUGAGUAAACUAAGACAUUCAUUUAUUGCAAAUAUUCAUUUUGCAUUUUAAGAUAGAGAUCAUCUUUAUUUAGUGAUGGAUUUAUUAACAGGUGGAGAUUUAAGAUAUCAUAUAGGAGUGAAUCGUCGUUUUACUGAAUGGCAAACCAGUAUUUAGUUAAAGCAAUAUAUAGAAUUUGUAAUAGGUUGUUUAUUAGUGAGUUUGGAGUACUUAUAAAACAAUAAUAUCAUACAUAGAGAUAUAAAGCCUGAGAAUGUAGUAUUUGAUAAGAAAGGUUAUCCAAGAUUGACAGAUUUUGGGAUAGCAAGAGUAUUGAAAGCAGAGAAUAGUUAAGAAACAAGUGGGACUCCAGGAUAUAUGGGUUAGUAAAUUAAUAUUAAGUCAGAUAGCACCAGAAGUAAUGUGUAGACAGAAUCAUGGAAUAGGUGUAGAUCAUUUUGCAUUAGGAGUAAUGAUACAUGAAUUUAUGAUUGGAAGAAGACCAUAUGUUGGUAGAUCUAGAAAAGAAAUUAAAGAAAUGAUGUUAACUAAAUAGGUUACUAUUAGAAAAUAAGAUGGUUGGAGUAGUGAGAGUGCUGAUAUAUGUAAUUAGGUAAAUGGAUAUAUGAUUAUAAGUUAUUAUAGAGAAAAUAAUAAAAUAGAUUAGGAUUUGAUGGAAUUUAAUCAAUUAUGAAACAUCCUUGGUUUUAAAAUAUGAAUUGGUAAAAUAUAAUGGAUAAAACUCUACCAUCUCCUUUUGUUGAAUUUGCAUAUUCGGAAGAUUAAGACUUUAAGAGAUAGAUUUCAUCAGACCAUGACUCUUAGAAUGAACUUAUAUAAGAAAAUAUGAAUGCUUUAAGAAGGGAUUCAAUUUAAGAAAUGUUCAAAGAUUAUGAAUAUAAUGAUCAUAGAAUGACUGGUAGUACUAAUUCAACUCUAAUUAUAUGA